UUCGAACGGUCUAGUUAUUUACCGGUUGAAUCUCAUGUCGGAAACAAUAAGCGAGUUGGGAUAUUCCUCAUUGGUGCUAAGAACAAAGCAAUACAUGUUCGCGUCGCGGCUCAUGCAUAUGUGGUGGAUUCAGUUAUUUGCGUAGGUGACAAGGCGAAGAAUUUGAAAAAUUGCAUGAGCCUGGUGGACACGGAAACCAUCUCAAGCGGAGAGCAGUGUCGUUUUCAGAGUGACUGCGCGAUUCGUGGGAGCUGGUCGCGUGUCUAGCUACACCCUCGCCCUCGUGGAAAUCGCGCAGGGAUCGCAGGGACCCUUGGAAGGAGUCGCAGUAGCCCCUCGCUCGCGCCGUCCCGGCGACCGUAAUGACUCUCAAAGCAAAGAAAAACAAACUCAAAAGACUUGGCCUGAAUAAAAUGGAGAUGGAUCAUACGGAAAGGGCAUACCGAGAGGCUGUCGCAAAAUUGAAAUUUCUGCUUUCUGAAAGCUACUCACAACCACCAGAAGUCAUUUAUUCUCAUACGCACCAUCAUCAUCAUGUAUCACCACUGUCAAGAUCCCCAAGAAGCAGAUUUGACACAAGUACCCUAUCUAUUGCCCCAGGGCCGAUCGUCAAGCACCCAUCAGACUCAAGUCUAGCCACCGUUCAAGCUCCUCCGCAUGAAUUUGUAUCCUACAUUCAGCGGCAAGAAGAUUAUAUUCAGCAGCUUGAGAAGGAAAAAUCUUUUUUCCAAGAAGAAAUGUCAACUUUAAUGAAUAAAGUGAAAGAGGUCCUUGUGGAGAAUGAAAAUUUAAGGAGAGACAAAAAAUUGCAGGUGAAUGUAUCUAGUUCGGAGGAUAGUGGAAGUGAAGAAACUGUGGAAGAAAAACCUCGCAAAAAAAGAAGUCAAAGUCAGGAAAGACCUCACUCACGGCUCGCCAGCUCCAAUAUUGUCCUAGAAUCCAAAAUCAGUGAGCUUGAGGCACAGUUGAUGCAAACAAAAAUUGACCUUCAAAAGGCUCAGGAAGAAGUAUCCAGUUGCAAAAUGAGGCCCUUCGACUCUGAACCAAGAAGCUUACCUCUCAUUCUUGACGACAGCAGUGGUGCAGAGGCCAAUUUAAAAGAUCAGAUCAACUUGUUGCAAAGGGAAAAGGAUGAAUUACACGAAGCUUUAAUAAAACUUCAGCUAGUAGUCAGUCAUCUUGAAAAAACAAGUAUGGUCCAAAAAGUCAAAAGUUUAGACGUUGUCGAUCAGGCUCAGUUUGAAAAGAAUCAGGCGGAACUUGAGGUUCGUAGGCUGAUGGCAGAGUUAGAAAGAGCACAUGAAAAACAAAGAGAAGCAAUGCAGGAACAAAAUCGAUUGCGGCAAGAUGCAGAGCGCCGAUAUAACAUACAGUUAGAAAAACUUACUUCUGAUUUGCAAGAACAAUGGGACCAUACUGGAAAAUUAAGCCUAGAACUUGAUCGUCAGCACAGAUUAGAGAAUGAGUUGCGGCGAGAGCUAAAUCAAAAAAUAUCUUUCAUAGAUGAACUGAAGAAAGAGUUGACAGCAAAAACCUCUUGCAGAAUAAGAGUUCGGACUGUUUGCAAAGGCAACCUGCAGAGUGAAGCAUUAUCAGCAAGUGCUGAAAAGGAAUCCCUGGAACGCGAACUGGCAUCUGCUAAGCUGAGCACUGAACGGAAUGAUCGAGCUAACAAACAAGAGAUCCAACGACUUCAAGCGGAGGUGACGUCACUACGGCAGCGGCUGGAUAGAGCAGAUGUAGACCUCCUUCAUAGCCGCAAGGAAACAAUACGGCUCAAAGAGCAGAUUGCAAGUCUUGAAAAAGAGCUGAACCUCACCAAACUGGAAAGCGUAGAUCGGCCAUCUGCAUUGGAUGGAAAAAGAGAGGAUUUAUCAGCUAUGAUCAAAAGUAUGGACGCAAAACAUCUCCAAAACAUUGCUGAUCUUGAAUCCAUGAUAGAGACGCAGACAGAACUAAUGGACAAACUGAAAGAUGAGUGUCAGAAUCUGACGCUGAAGCUUGAUGAAACGUCCUCUAGGCACAAGGAAGAAGUGAUAAAUUUCAAUGAAUUUAAUGACGGACUAAUGAGUCGACUAAACCAUGUUUGGUCGAACUGUCACGAACUCCGGCGCUUGUGUGAAGUACAUGGAAUUUAUUCUUUUUCACAGAUGAGCAAAUGGUCGGAGAGUAUGCCCAGCAAGACUACACACUGGACGAUCAACGAGACGAUCAGCGAUAGUUUCGCCUAUACAUCCCUGGAUGAUUCUUGUGUCAAUUAUGGGCUUUUAUGAGUCUUUCAGUACUACCAAACCCUUGUGUUUCGCCUCUCUUCCCUAUAUCUUCACCCAGUAAGCCAAUGAACUCUCCUAAGAAUGACACUGCACCGAAGGAAAGCUUGAUUUUGUAGUUUUGAUUCAUGGACCUCAUUAGAUCAUGGUCUUGUGCACAUGUGAUAUCUUUCUGCAUCAUCUUCAUUCACUCUGCCCUCUUGUGAAAGGUCUCUUUCAGCUCUUUUUUCCCUUAUGAGCCAAAUAUGUGUCAGUUUGACUUACAAUCCAUCAGACAAUUUUUUACACCUUGAUCCCCAAGGUGGAAACUUUUUUUAUUCUCUACCAGGGCUUGACGCAAGACUUGUAACAAAUGUGAAAUUAUCUUCAAACUUUGGUCUUAAACAGAAUGAUAGGAUAUUUUUUUCAAAAUGUGAAUACUCAUCAAAACAGCAAGUAUUUCAAGUUAUGAGCGCAAUACUAGGGUGUUGCCUUUCCCCCACCUCAUUCAAAUUUUAUAAGGAACAUGUGUUACGCGACUGGAAAAGAAAACAUUCUAUUGUCAAUAUCCCUCAGAGUGAUGAAGAAACUCUCCUCACCUCAUGCUCAGCAGAUUACCCAAUAAUAACCACCCAAGAUCAAGAGGAUGCUGAGUUCAUUAUAUGGAAGUUAGUGGCCGAGUAAAUAGGGCCUUGAGGUUAUUGUGAAUUAAACAGAAAAGUUAACCUUAUUAUGAACCUGGGAAAGUGCUUAAUGACCAGUCCAACAACAGCUAGUUAAGCUCUUGCUAAAUGAGCAAAACGCCUACCAUGUCCCCAAACAAGAUACACCGUCAAAUAGAUUUGUCAAAAAUUAAAAAUAAUUUCUGAGUGGCAAGGAUGAAGUUCUGAAUAUGUCAGCAUAAAAGGGGAAAAAAGAAAUAGACUUUCCUCCAAAAUGUUGAUGAGAGAUUAUAAUUUUGGAUUUGGAGAUCAUUCCUCAAUUUAUUUUCCCUUACGAUUCUAGAAGUAAUUUUCCACCAUUGUGAUACCUAUUUCUAAUCAAUGUUGUCUUUGCAAUGACCCAUUUUUGCAGUUAACUAUCAUCUUUAUUUCUUCCCUUCGUCUAAAAAUUAGACAAAGUGAGCAAGGAAUUUCUUUCAGGUCUCAUUUAGACAGGCAGCUAGCUAUUCUCUCAACUUAUGAGUGUAAGCAAUGCUUUGCGCCUGCAAUAUCAACAUGUAGAGCAAUACUAACGAGACAGAGUUGUUUUUUUCUUUUCAUUUUAUCGCUAAUGGAAGUAUCAGUUUAAGUUUAUGUUAUUACAUAAAUGAAUCUAAAUCAAAGGAGAAAAAACCAAAAAUUUUGACGAGGCUGUAUGUAAAAUUUAACGAAUCCUGUUUAUGUAUCUUGCUGUAAAAAUAUCUCCUCUGCCAAUCAAAUUUCAUUUCUGUUGUCUAAAAUGGCAAUGAAUUCACUAUAAUUUUUAAGUAAAAAAUUUGUUUUGAAGAGAACGUGAUUAAAAUAUCCAAAAUUCCAUCGCACAUUUUGCACCAAAGAGUUUGAUUUACAUGCUUAAAUAAAAGGCAACUCGUGUGAGAUUCAGUGAUAGUUGAAAUGAAAACUUGACAGGAAGACAAUCUCUCUCCUAGAAUAAUUAUUAGUUUCCUGACAUUCAUCCAUCUCUUUUUCUACAGAAAUUGUGAUUUUCAUGCUAAGCUUUAACUAUAUAUUUUUAGUAAUAAAUGUCAUUGUUUGUUGAUGUUA